AUGAAUGCUCAAGAGGGCGAAAACCCUUUCACCAAUUUUGAAGAUGCUGUAGACGCUACUGAAGAUGUUCAAGAUUGGCGCUUCUUGUCCAAUGUAAAAGUAGACCAAGGCAAUUACACAAUUCCUAAAAGAGGAGAAAAAGAUUUUGAGCCAGAUGGAACACUGAAACAAGAGGGAGUUUUAGAGCUUAGCCGUAAGGCUAUGUACGAUGCAUUGUCAGUGGAAAGACUUAUUUCUUUCAAGCAUGUUAUUAUAGGAGUAUGGAAUUGGGAGAAGAAGAUGGCUUGCGUAGAGAAAGUGCACGGACCUUUUUUUAAAACAAUGGGCCAAGGUGAUUCAAAAAAUCGUGUGUGGCUUCUCCCGGAAGAAACAUUAUAUUUGGUAGAACGAGGAUCAAUGGAAUGCUGGGCACCAAAUGGUGUCCCUAUGAGUCUACAGUCUCUCUAUGCAGCAACUAUACCGUUUUGUGGCUCUUUAGAAAGUUAUCUUGUAUACGCUCACCUGCGAAGAUGUGGAUUUUCGGUUGUGCGAUCCAAACAAGUACAAAGAAACUACGAUAAUUUAUCCAACUCUACAGAUAAUGCAAGGAUUGGGUUAUGGAGUGUUGGAAUGAAGAAAGUAUUGUCUGCUUUCCAUUAUUUGAGCUUUAUAAAACUUUGGUCGCCAAAGAGCAGCAAAGGUUACGGUUUUUUACCAAAAAGAACUUACAGAGACUUUAAACAAGUAUAUGAAGAUAUCCAAAUUGUCCCUGGGUACUUUCCGAGGCCACAUACUCUUGAUGAAGAAUUCGUAGCUCCUUUUCAACUAACUUAUGAUGUAUAUAAACCGUCCGAAAUUUUCAAGAAGUCAGCCUUGAAAGAGCCAGAUUUUAGAAUAUGUGUUGUUGAUGCUCAAAGUACAGUCGUUCCGACAUGUAUGCAGCUAAACCGUCUCUUCGGCAUAGUCCCUAUUCAAGAGAACCCGUCGAGGCAUAUGAUGCAAAGACUAAAGGAGGGAGUUAGGAGUGUUAUUUUUGCUGUUGUUGAUUAUGGUGUCGUUAGUUACGUUCGAUUUUCUGAUGUAUGUAUGAAUGAAAAAUUGUUUCUUGAGCAACCCAGAAAGCGCGGAAAGGGAGACGUAAAGAAAAAGGGAAUUACAAAUACUAAUCUAAAAGGGAAUUGA